GCGGGCGAAACUGGGACCGGUCUUCUCCGGGGAGGCCUAGCCCGGCGAGCGAGGCCUCAGCCGCGGGCUCCCCUGGCCCUGCAGCCGCCUCUAGGCCUGUUUGUGCCGGCCCGUGGGGCAGGGGUAACCCGCUCCCGGGGCUGGGCCUCCAGCUCCCGGCGGAGCGGCGCUGCCCAGCGCCCUGUUCGGAACUGCCCGGCGUGGGAGGCGGUGCGGGCCUGACGGUUAGGCCAUGAAGCACGGCCUUAAGCCGUUACCUCCGUGACGCGGCCUCUUCUCUCGCUUACUGUCACAUAGCCUGUUGAGCUGCCGCUCGAGACUUCCACAGUGCAAAAAUGAUCAUCCCAGUCAGAUGCUUCACGUGCGGCAAAAUAGUUGGAAACAAGUGGGAAGCCUAUCUCGGCCUUCUGCAAGCAGAAUAUACAGAAGGAGAUGCCCUGGAUGCCCUUGGUUUGAAGAGAUACUGCUGCCGCAGAAUGCUCCUAGCCCACGUGGAUCUGAUUGAGAAGCUUUUGAAUUACGCACCCCUGGAGAAAUGAGAUGAAAAAAGUACCAUGCUGCAAGCCACGCGGAACGUAUCUCUAAUUCUAAACUUGAAACUGGACUUCAGGCAGUAAAGGAUGAAAGCCACCUGUAGUGCAACCAUUGAGAGAUGUUUUCCUUCUGGAGAAAAUACUGCCCCGAGCCAGUAACCUCUUUCAAGGAAACCAAGGAAAGAUGAAGUCCACUUAACGAAGAUUUGGAGAUUAAAAGUUUAGAUGCUUCAUUUUAAAUCUGUGUUUGGAGUUGUUUUGUGAACUUUUAGAUGCUUCUGCCAGCAAAACUAAAUGUUUGUUCACGUAGAAAAAUUACUAUAUUUCAUAAAAAUGUUGAAAUAAAGGAGGUCUUUCCCUGUA